UACCCGUCAGCAACCUGUUGUUUGUAUUUCUGGGAACCAGUUGCUUGAUGCUCCCUAUACAAUAGACGAAACUGAAUGCAACUGUUUGUAUCAAGAUGAAAAAAGCUAUAGUGAUAUUUAUGAUACUAUGUUUCUUUACUACUUAUACUGUUGCGUCACCGUUACUAGCUGGUGGCACACUGGUAGUUGUUGCAGGUCUUGUUGGUAAACUAUUUUUCUGCCACUUUAAAGAAUGUUGUAAUGACAAGUGGAUAUCACAAGAAUUGCCAAACCUAAAAGCUGAACUAAGUAAUAAGGUUUUUGGCCAACAUAUUGCAAUUCAGGUUGUACAUAAGGCAAUAGAGGGCCACAUAAAAAAUAAAAGUCCAUCAAAAGCUUUGGUGCUUUCGCUUCAUGGAUCAACUGGUUGUGGUAAAAAUCAUGUCAGCAACAUUAUUGCAGACAGUCUGUACAAGUUGGGAAGGAAAAGCAAGUACAGGCAUCUAAUAAUUGCAACGCAUGAUUUUCCACACAAGGAAAGAUUACCAGAAUAUAAAGAUAAAUUAAUAAAUUUCAUUAGCGAAAAAGUGAAGGCCUGCCCAAAGACGUUGUUCAUCUUCGAUGAAGUGGAUAAAGUCCCUGAAGGAUUGAUGGACACCUUGCGACCAUUCUUAGAACACCAUGAGAAGGUUGAUGGAGUAGACUAUCGCAAGAGUAUAUUUAUUUUGUUAAGUAACACAGGUGCAGAGAUGAUUAACGGAUUUGUUAUCAACCACUGGCGAAAGGGUAACAAACGAGAGGAUUUAACAUUUAAGGAUCUGGAGCCAGUUAUAAAUAAUGGUGCAUUUAAUAUAAAAGGUGGUCUAUGGCAUAGCAAUUUGAUCAAAAAUUUUCUGAUCGACUUCUUUGUUCCAUUCUUACCACUAGAAAGAUCACAUGUCAAGGAAUGUAUCAGGGCAGACCUUUUAGCAAAGAAUGUAACAGUCACAGAAACAAUGAUUAAUGAGGUUGCAAAUUUAUUGCAGUAUAGUAGCCCUGACAAAAUAUUUUCCUCAACAGGAUGUAAACAGGUCUCUACUAAAGUUUAUUAUGUUAUUUAGAAAUAAAAUUCUUAAUCAAAGAAAUAAGAGAACAUUUUCUAAAACAUACCUGACACCAUUGUACUCAUACAUAAUAUAAACUAUGUAUUUUAAAAUAAUACACACCAUUAUGAAUAGCAUUACAAGAAACCACAUCAUCACUGCAUGUCAAUCUCAUCAA